GCUUACAUGUCUGUAUUUAUAACAUCCUAUAUUGCGAGCGAUCGAGUCAUUCGUUCUCAGUCGUGCCGAUCAGUCACGAUGGAGUCGUCGUUAUUCUCGUCAUCUUUUGCGCUUUUGUUGGCCACUCUGGUCACUAUCGGUGUGCUAAAAGUCAUCGCCAAUAUUCACUAUCAGUACACCUACUGGAAGAAACGGGGUAUCCCUUACAUACCUACAGUCCCGGGCUUGGGAACCUCUUGGAAAGUGUUCUUGGGACGCAUGAGCUUCGCCGAAUACAGCAAAUUCGCUUACGAAUAUGUACCGGACGCCAAGUACAUCGGACUAAUGGACAUGACCACUCCUCUGGUUUUUUUACGCGACCCCGAGCUGAUCAGGGACGUCAUGGUGAAAGACUUUGAACAUUUUCCGGACCACCGUAGCUUCGCGAGUGAGGAUAUCGAUCCGUUGUUUGCUAAGAACGUCUUCUUCUUGCGCGGUAACCGCUGGAAAGAGAUGAGGAACACGUUGAGCCCCUCUUUCACUGCCAGUAAGAUGAAAGCUAUGUUUGAGCUGGUAUCGAAGUGUUCCCGCGAAUUUUCCGAGUAUCUGGCCGAUCAUCCGGAAGAAUGUUCUUCCAUUGACACGAAGGAGAUCUUCAGGCGCUACACCACUGACGUAAUCGCCACGUCUGCCUUCGGUAUAAGCGUGAAUUCCAUGAAGGAUCGGGACAACGAGUUCUUCACGAGAGGAGUGGCGUCCACCAAGUUCAGCGGCUUCUCGUUCCUGUUGAAGUUCAUGCUAUUCCGCGCGAUUCCGCGACUAACAAAGUCGCUGGGUAUAAACUUCUUCCCUCCAGCUACAUCGCAAUUCUUCAAGAGAAUCGUGGCUGAGACGAUUAAAGUUCGGGAAGAGCAAGGCAUCGUCAGGCCGGAUAUGAUUCAAUUGUUGAUGCAAGCCCGCAAUAAGGAGGGCCCCAGCGUGCACGAGAUGACAUUGGAUGACAUCGUCGCGCAGGCGUUCAUCUUCUUCUUGGCCGGCUUUGACACGUCCUCACAGCUGAUGUGCUUCAUCGGCCAUGAACUCGCGGUUAACCGGGACAUUCAGGACCGCUUAUGGGAGGAAGUCGAGAAGCAUUUCGCUGAAGGCAACGGCGAGAUCUCCUACGAGUCAGUGUCGAAGAUGGUUUACAUGGACAUGGUAGUGUCCGAGACCCUCCGCAAGUAUCCACCGGUGAUCUUUAUCGACAGGGUUUGCGUAAAGAGCUACGAGCUGCCUCCACUGAAGCCCGGUGGCAAGAGCUUGAUUGUGGAGCCCGACAACAUGAUAUGGGCUCCCGUUUACGCGUUGCAUUAUGACCCCAAAUAUUUUCCGAACCCGGACAAGUUUGAUCCCGAGAGAUUCAGCGAGGAGAACAAGGACAAUAUCGUGCCCUACACUUAUAUGCCUUUCGGCCAUGGACCCAGGAAAUGCAUCGGCAAUCGUUUUGCUUUGAUGGAAACGAAACUCCUGAUAGCUCAUCUUCUGCACAAAUUCGUCUUCAAGGCCACCGAGAAGACCAUUUAUCCUGUUGUAUUUGAUAAAAAGCAGUUCAAUUUGCAACCCGAAGGCGGAUUCUGGAUCGCAUUGCAGAAGAGGGAAAAAUGCAACGGUCCGCAAUGUUCCCUAGAAGCGUUUCUGUCGUUCCCCCCAUUCUGCUCGUGCCUGAUAAGAUUUGCUGAAUGCGUACAUCUCUAUAUUUAUAACAUCCUAUACCGCUAGCGACCGAGUCAUUUGUUCUCGUCGUGCCGAUCAGUCACGAUGGAGUCGUCGUUAUUCUCGUCUUCUUUUGCGCUUUUGUUGGCCACUCUGGUCAUUAUCGGCGUGGUAAAAAUCAUCGCCAAUAUUCACUAUCAGUACACCUACUGGAAGAAACGGGGUAUCCCUUACAUACGUACAGUCCCGGGCUUGGGAACCUCUUGGAAAGUGUUGUUGCGACGCAUGAGCUUCGUCGAAUACGGCAAAUUCGCCUACGAAUAUGUACCGGACGCUAAGUACAUCGGACUAAUGGACAUGGCCACUCCUCUGGUUUUUUUGCGCGACCCCGAGCUGAUCAAGGACGUCAUGGUGAAGGACUUUGAACAUUUUCCGGACCACCUGUCCUUCGUGACUGAGGACAUCGAUCCGUUGUUAGGUAAGAACGUCUUCUCCUUGCGCGGUAACCGCUGGAAAGAGAUGAGGAACACGUUGAGCCCCUCUUUCACCGCCAGCAAGAUGAAAGUCAUGUUCGAGCUGGUGUCGAAGUGUUCCCGCGAAUUUUCCGAGUACCUCGCCGAUCAUCCGGAGGAGUGUUUUUCUAUUAACACGAAGGAGAUCUUCAGGCGCUACACCACUGACGUAAUCGCCACGUCGGCCUUCGGUAUAAGCGUGAAUUCCAUGAAGGAUCGGGACAACGAGUUCUUCACGAGAGGAGUGGAGUCCACCAAGUUCGAUAGUUUCUUGUCCAUGUUGAAGUUCAUGCUAUUUCGCGCGAGUCCGCGACUAAUGCGAGCACUGGGUAUAAAUAUCUUCCCGCCAGCUACAUCGCAAUUCUUCAAGAGAAUCGUGGCAGAGACAAUUAAAGUUCGGCAAGAGCAAGGCAUCGUCAGGCCGGAUAUGAUUCAAUUGUUAAUGCAAGUCCGCAAUAAAGAGGGCCCCAGCGUGCACGAGAUGACAUUGGAUGACAUCGUCGCGCAGGCGUUCAUCUUCUUCUUGGCCGGCUUUGACACGUCCUCACAGCUGAUGUGCUUCAUCGGCCAUGAACUCGCAGUUAACCGGGAUAUUCAGAACCGCCUGUGGGAGGAAGUCGAGAAGCAUUUCGCCGAAGGCAACGGCGAGAUCUCCUACGAGUCAGUGUCGAAGAUGGUUUACAUGGACAUGGUGGUGUCCGAAACCCUCCGCCGAUAUCCACCGCUGAUCUUCAUCGACAGGGUCUGCGUGAAGAGCUACGAGCUGCCUCCACCGAAGCCCGGUGGCAAGAGCUUGAUUGUGGAGCCCGACAACAUGAUAUGGGCCCCCGUUUAUGCGUUGCACCAUGACCCCAAAUAUUUUCCGAACCCGGACAAAUUCGAUCCCGAGAGGUUCAGCGACGAGAACAAGGACAAUAUCGUGCCCUACACUUAUAUGCCUUUUGGCCAUGGACCCAGGAAGUGCAUCGGCAAUCGUUUCGCUCUGAUGGAAACGAAACUCCUGAUAGCUCAUCUCCUGCACAAAUUCGUCUUCAAGGCUACCGAGAAGACCAUUUAUCCUGUUGUAUUUGAUAAAAAGCAGUUCAAUUUGCAACCCGAAGGCGGAUUCUGGAUCGCAUUGGAGAAGAGGGUGAAAUUCGUGUUUCAGCGAGAAGUUGAGAACGGCGUGUUUAAAAGGAUUGUUGGAUACGACUUUUACUACGACUUUUACUACGUAGUUCGCACGCGUGGUUUGCUGAUGCAACGGUCCGCAAUGUUUCCGAGAGGCGUUUUUGUCGUUCCCCCCAUUCUGCUCGUGCCUGAUAAGAUUCGCGUUGGUGAACGCUUACAGGUCUAUAUUUAUGACAUUCUGUGCCGCGAGCGAUCGAGCCAUUCGUUCUCGUUCGUGCCAGUCACGAUGGAGUCGUCGUUAUUCUCGUCGUCUUUUGCGCUUUUGUUGGCCACUCUGGUCACUAUCGGCGUGCUAAAAGUGAUCGCCAAUAUACACUAUCAGUACACCUACUGGAAGAAACGGGGUAUCCCUUACAUACGUACAGUCCCGGGCUUGGGAACCUCUUGGAAAGUGUUGUUGCGACGCAUGAGCUUCGUCGAAUACGGCAAAUUCGCCUACGAAUAUGUACCGGACGCUAAGUACAUCGGACUAAUGGACAUGGCCACUCCUCUGGUUUUUUUGCGCGACCCCGAGCUGAUCAAGGACGUCAUGGUGAAGGACUUUGAACAUUUUCCGAAUCAUCUCACAUUCGCGAGUGAGGACAUCGAUCCGUUGUUUGGUAAGAACGUCUUCGCCUUGCGCGAUAACCGCUGGAAAGAGAUGAGGAAUACGUUAAGCCCCGCUUUUACCGCCAGUAAGAUGAAAACUAUGUUUGAGCUGGUAUCGAAGUGUUCCCGCGAAUUUUCCGAGUAUCUGGCCGAACAUCCGGAGGAGUGUUCUUCUAUUAACACGAAGGAGAUCUUCAGGCGCUACACCACUGACGUAAUCGCCACAUCGGCCUUCGGUAUAAGCGUGAAUUCCAUGAAGGAUCGGGACAACGAGUUCUUCACGAGAGGAGUGGAGUCCACCAAGUUCGACAGUUUCUUGUCCAUGUUGAAGUUCAUGCUAUUCCGCGCGAUUCCGCGACUAACAAAGGCGCUGGGUAUAAACUUCUUCCCGCCAGCUACAUCGCAAUUCUUCAAGAGAAUCGUGGCAGAGACGAUUAAAGUCCGAGAAGAGCAAGGCAUCGUCAGGCCUGAUAUGAUUCAGUUGUUGAUGCAUGCCCGCAAUAAGGAGGGCCCCAGCGUGCACGAGAUGACAUUGGAUGACAUCGUCUCGCAAGCAUUUAUCUUCUUCUUAGCUGGCUUUGACACGUCCUCACAGCUGAUGUGCUUCAUCGGCCAUGAACUCGCAGUUAACCGGGAUAUUCAGGACCGCCUGUGGGAAGAAGUCGAGAAGCAUUUCGCCGAAGGCAACGGCGAGAUUUCCUACGAGUCAGUGUCGAAGAUGGUUUACAUGGACAUGGUAGUGUCCGAAACCCUCCGCCGAUAUCCACCGGUGAUCUUCAUCGACAGGGUCUGCGUGAAGAGCUACGAGUUGCCUCCACCGAAGCCCGGUGACAAGAGCUUGAUCGUGGAACCCAACAACAUUUUAUGGGCGCCUGUUUACGCGUUGCACCAUGACCCAAAAUAUUUUCCGAACCCUGACAAGUUCGAUCCCGAGAGAUUCAGCGACGAGAACAAGGACAAUAUCGUGCCCUACACUUAUAUGCCUUUCGGCCAUGGACCCAGGAAGUGUAUCGGCAAUCGUUUCGCUCUGAUGGAAACAAAACUCCUGAUAGCUCAUCUCCUGCACAAAUUCGUCUUCAAGGCUACCGAGAAGACUAUUUAUCCUGUUGUAUUUGAUAAAAGGCAGUUCAAUUUGCAACCCAAAGGCGGAUUCUGGAUCGCAUUGGAGAAGAGGGAGAAGUAAAACGAGUCAUCACGUUUAGGAAUAGCUUAUUUUAUAAUAUAAUUCAGAUAUUCAGUUGUUCGAUAGUCAGGAUACACAGGAUGGAUUAGUUCUCACAUUAAUUAAUAUGUACAUUGAACUUAAAUGAAGAUGAAAAUUCCACAGAAUAUGGAGGCUAUGAUAAUUUUUAGAUAAGAAACUUUUCAAGUGGAUAUAUCAGAGCUGAAAGUUCGCGCGCUCAGUCAUGAUCAAUAUACAAUGGUUUAGGUAUCAUCGUAGAUUCCAAUUCAUAACAAUAAAAAUAUUUUUACACUGGAAUCGCCAUAAGUGAUUAUAUUUAUAUCAGAUUCUAUUUUUAUGCGAAUAAUUAAUAUAUCCCAUACAUAUAAAUAAUAUUAUGUAUGUAAAAAUGGUGCAGAAUAUUGAUUGCGAUGCUGGGAGCUCGGUGAUUUUGUGACAAGUUGAUUGACUUCGAUCGGGUUGUAAAGAUAUUGUCAUGCGGCAGCUUCAUGUGAUACUUAUGACAGUUCCUUAGACAUCGCAUAUUAUAUGUACUAUUAUAUAUAUUUACUAUAUCUGAGCGCGUAAACUUUCAGCUCUGUGAUUUGUCUUGAAAUUGUUCUUAUUUAAAAACUAUUAUAACCUCGACAUUUUGUGUUAGAAUUUUUGUCUCCAUUUAAGUUCAAGUAUCCUGUCAUAUUAAUUAAUGUUGCGAGAACUGGGACAGUUUGCAUAUAACACACGCGUGUUAGUUUUUGCUUCCGAAGACGAUUGAGGGUCAUAUGACUCGUAUAUCAUUGCGAUGCGCAGAUUAAAUGACGCGUAUGUUAAAUGCAAUACGUUAUAAGUUUUUCUUAAUAAGAUAUUUAUCUAUGCUUUUCGCAAUUAAAGUAUAGAUAGCGUUUGGGUAUUGUGGUUAAUAUAGUUGUAAAGUGUAGUACGUAGAUUUUCGAGUCCGUUAUAAAUUAAUCCGAAACGCUUACGCGUGUUUAUCGUUAAAUGUAAUAUUAAAGUGUCAAAGGAGACUUGCCAUUAUUAAGUGUUUAGUUCCGCACAAAAGAGAAUAUUGUUGUUAUUUUCGUUAAUGCAUUUGUAUAUUCCGUUAAUCUCGAGAUAUUUUUGUUUGGUCUUUAAUGCUAGAAUUUUGGUCAUGAGUAAAAUUUACUCAAUCCGAUUUUUUAAACAUUACUGUUCUUAGAAAUAUUUGUUUUGUUUUUUUAUUAUAACUUUUUCCAGCUUCAUUGAAUUGUAAAAAUAUUAAUACGUCGAUAUUCUUUGAUGUUUUUUACACUAAUUAAAAAAAGCAUUAAAUUUGAAUUAUUUUACAGAAGUUAUGAACAAAUUAAAAUGUGUUGGGCAAAAUUUAUCUAUGUUUAGGGUUUUAGGGUUAAUAUAAAAAAAUGAAAAUAAAAUAACGAAUUAUCGUAUUAAGUAAAAUUUCAUUUUUCAAAUAUUGUUUUUAACGCAGAAACUUUCGAAAGCAUAAUAAAACGUAGCGACCGUGAAAUUGUUGCUGUAGUACUUGUACAAUAUGAAUAAUUUGAUGACAAUAUAACUUGAUGUUUUUUUGAAUAGGAAAUCUGAAUAUUCAAGAUUUGAUCUUGGUCAAUGUUUGGUCCAAGGAUUUUAUUACGCACUACUCGUCAUUGACGUCUCGCGUCAGUGAUCACUCGCUCGUUAGAUGACUCAUCGGUUGGAAUUAGAUAACAUGUUUGUGAGCGCGGAAAAAAACAGAAUAAUUCAGAGAUAUCUUGAUGAUGACUACAAAUGACUGCAAAAUUAAUAAUUUGAAAGUUAACUUGCAAAUUAUUUUUAUAUUUUAUAUUAUCGAUUUAAUAUUAUCAUAUAUUAAUGUUGAUUCAAUACGUUAUAUUUUAUGUUAUUGAUUCAAAAUUUGCAGGUUAACCUGUUAAUUUUUUUAUGUUAUUGAUUCAAUCAAAUAUUUUUUUUUUAAUCUUUCCUUUAAUCAUAUAGAACAACAAAGAUUACAGUAUGCAAGUAUUUGAAACUAAAUUUAAUUUAUAAUUGUGAAGUAAUCAAUUAAAUAAAGUAUUAAAUUUUAAAUAUUGUUCUCUUCUUAAUUUUCAUUUAAAUUAUAUAAAAAAAAAUACAAAUAAAGAGAUCUUUAAAAAUAAAAUUCACAUAUAUUCAGAGAGAAUUUGAUAAGAAAAUCGAAGUGCAAUUCUCGAAAUUACAAAUAUUAGAUUGGUGCAAAAGGUUUGUCUUGAUUGUUAAAUAAAAGAGAUGAUCCUAUUUCGAAGAAUUAAUAAUUUUUACGAAUGAAAUGAGCAACAUUGAUUUAGCAUAUUUUUAGAUAUUUAACGACAACUUCAUAUUUUCCUUUUAAUAAUCAAACUUCUUAUGAGAAUUUAAUGAAAAAAUGACAAAUAUUUUGUACCAGCCUAACAGAUUUAGUUCGUAAUAUACAAUAUAGUUGCAGUUACAGUUGCAGUUGCAGAUGUUAGAAUAUAUAGUUUUUAUGAUGUUGUUAAAUCAUAAAAAAUGUGCUGAGAAGUAUGUUGUUGAAGAGACUUGUUGAAGUGCUAUAUCUUUCAACUUUGAAUUGCUGUAUUCUUGAAUAUCUGCAUGAUCAUCUGCAAUCGAUUUGCUAUCAAUUAUACUAUCAAUUAUACUUCCAAGAAACAUCUUGAGAUAUUUAUUUGCCAAUGUUGUUUUGUAACAUUAAGAAGAUACGUUUUAUUGCGUUAUCGUCGCAGCAAUGAUAACGCAACGAUAAAGUAAUAAAUAAUUUCGAAAAUCAUGAGCCACAAUCUAAUCCAGUUUCUUCAUCUGUGAUAGCGAUAAGCAUUCUUUGUAUUUUUUUGUUGCCGACUUGUAUUAUAUGGAAUUUGUAAUAAUCGAGGAUCGUCGUUACCGUCCUAUAUUUUUAUUAUGUUGAGAUAUAUAUAUAUAUAUAUAUAUAUAUUCUAUAAUAUUAAUUAUUGCAAUGUAUUGUAAUAUUGUUACACCAAUGGAUAAUCCAAAGCUUAUCAGAAUAAUAAAAUGUUCAUCACAACAGCAA